AUCUUCUUAAUAUCCCUUCAUACUUUCUGAACCCUUGAAAGCCUCAAAAUUGUUAAGACUCUUGCACACAAAUCCCAAGCUCGUGAAAGCACAAAUGUCCCACCACCAUUCCUCCUCCCCUUUUCCUUCUUGCUUCCGCCCUUCCACCGACACCGACAUCCACCACCUUCCUCCACCAACACCACCACCUGUCUCUGGCAACGCCAACCUCACCACCUGUCUCUACCAAACUGACCUUGGCCUCUUCUCCCUUACUUGGUCAAGUUCCUUGUUAGGCCAUUCUCUUCACCUCCGCCUCCACCCCAUUGACGACAACGCCAGCUACUGCUCUCCUGUUUCUCUAUCUAACCCUCUUUCUCUCUCUACCAUAUCUUUCCAUCUCAAUAUCAAACCCUUCCUUUUCUGGAAAAGACAUGGAUCCAAGAAACUCCAUGUUAUUAACCAGGAGCCUGACACUCCAACCCCAAGGAUCCAGAUCUUUUGGGACCUCUCUAGAGCAAGAUUUGGGUCAGGACCUGAGCCCCAAUCCCGGUUCUACAUAGCCGUGGUGGUUGAGCGAGAAGUGGUACUUGUUGUCGGUGAUUUGACCAAAGAAGCUUUUGCAAAGACUAAAGCUUUGAAGCAAGAGAGACCCCAAGUUCUUGUAUUGAGAAGAGAACAUGUGUUCGGCAACAGAGUUUACACUACGAGAGCAAGAUUUGGAGGCAGAAACAGAGUGAUAUCGAUAGAUUGUAGUGUGAAUAAUGAUGCAAGAUUGUGUUUUAGUGUUGAUAACAAAAGGGUUUUGCAGAUAAAGAGAUUGAAGUGGAAAUUUAGAGGAAAUGAGAGGAUUGAAGUUGAUGGGGUCCCUAUACAAGUCUCAUGGGAUGUUUAUAAUUGGCUUUUUGAUGGCAUAAACAAUGACCAUGCGGUGUUUAUGUUCAGGUUUGAAAGCAAUUUAGACCCCAAAGAUGAAGAGGCGGUGGUACGGAAACAAGAACAAAGUGAAGCUUGUGGUGGUGGUCCUCAUCAACAACAAGAAAUCAACGAGAAAAAUCACAACAAUAAUGUUGUUUUAUGGCAGCAAAACUCAUCGUGUAGUAAUACCAGUCAUGGGAUGAGUCCAAUAGAGUGGAGAAAGAUGAGAAAGAGCUUGGUGAGGACAGCAGCAAGGAGUUCAUCUUCUUCAUCAAUUUCAAUGUCAUCAGCAUCUUCUGGUUGCAGCUCUUCAGUAAUGGAAUGGGCUAGCAGUACUGAAGAAAGUGAACUUUGUGGUGGUCCUAUUGGAUUCUCUCUGUUGGUUUAUGCUUGGAGGAAGUGAAAGAUUCGCCGAUGAUUACUGGAUCCAUUCUCUUCUGUUUUUGGUCAUUUUAGUUGAAUUUCUGUUUGUGACUAACCCCAUUAUUUGUUGAUGAACAUAUUAGCAAAUACACAUUGAAUUAAUUAGUUCAAUAUCAUACAUACAGAUAGAUAGAUCUAACAUUAAUCUCUGCUUUGUUUCUGUAUUCACACAUGAUUCAACUUCUUGUGCUCUUUAAUCUGCUUUCGGACAACUAUUAUUGUAAUUGGCCUCGGUUGGGUUUGGCAUUCAAGUGUUUGAUACAAUUAAAGAUUCAAUUUUUCUUGUAUAAUCUUUGUAAUGUUGAAGCCUUAAUUGAAAAGGAAAUUGUCUCUCUA